AUGCUCGAAAUGGAACAUGCUCGGCAACAGCCGAACGUCGACCAGAAUCUCAACCUUGGAAGCGUCGAACAAUCGCCGAACGAGGAGAGGACGCCGACGAAGCGCCACGACGAGGGUUGUUUCAGCGGCGAAGAGCAACAGAAGCAGCAGAUAAUCUCGUCGCUUUUCGAGGAAAUCCGCCUCGAAGCGGCGCUUUUCGACGGCAAACCGGCAAUGUCGCCGGUGACGCAGGCGAUCGCCGCCGCCGACAAAAAGUUGAAGAAGCGCAAAAACGAGCUGGCGUUGGAGAUGACCGCCGACGAUGUGGCCGACAUUCUCGGCGACACCUCGCCGGCCAACUUCAAUCCGAACAAUCCGUUCUCGGGACCGAGCCCGUCGUCGCACACGUUCAGCGAGAUGGGCAGUCCGGCGAGCCAGCAGCAACAGCAGCAGCAGCAGCAGCAGAAGAUGUCGCCGCCAUUGUCGAAGUACUCGCAGAACAAUCAAGGCCAACGCAAUUCGCCGCAAUACUCGCAGUAUAUGUCGUUGAGCUCGCCGAUGCACUCGCAGAUUGCACGUCAAGGAAGUACUCCGUUGAACUCAUCGCCGCCGUCGAACAACGGAAUGGGAUUGCAUUCGCCAGCGAACAGCAUGCACACCCCGUCGCCAAUGGCGAUGCAAUCGCCACAAAUGCCGGCACCGCAUCAUCCACUCGGCCACCAUCUUCCGCACCACACCCGCCUCCUGCAACACCAGCAGAGUGCGCCAAACUUGCGCCACACCGAUUUUCACGGCGAUCUACCGCUUCCGCAUCAAUUGGUGCCGAUGCCCGGCUCGCGUCCGUUUGAUCAGACGCUCGUCGAGGAAUUCGACAUGUGCGUUCGCGCGAUUCUGAUGGCGUCGACGCGCGCGCAAUGCCGAAAUGUCUACCGACAGUUGACUGCCGAAAUCUCGGAGCUCUAUUCGCGAGUCGUCAAAAAUCAAGUACCGAAGAAGGCGGUGAAGAAGAUCGUGGCGACGCAUGCGCCAUGCACACCCAACGAGCGAUUCGAGCUCGAACGACAAUUCAAAUGCCUCUCGGACGGCCUCGAAAGCCGCCGAUCGUCGCAACUCUACGAAUCGAUCGUGAAUUUCCUCUACAAAAUGCGCAUCGCGAUUCCCGACUCAUAG